AAACAUGUAGUCUAGUUAUAUUCCACUCUCCUACCCCAACUUAAGAAGAAAAAAAAAAAAAAAACUACCAUUAUUUACGUAAAUAUUGAAUAUACUACAUUGAAUUCAUCGCUUGAACCUUGGCUUGAAGUUCGGACCAUAAUCUGAUGAAUAAAACAAAAAACAAAAAACCAAAACAGAGAGACAGCAACAGUAUUCCAAGUUGGGAUUAUCCCUUUUCAGUCGGUGAAGUUUCUCAAUUCUCACUUUUCUUGCAUUUCAGACAUCCCUUUUCCUUCCCCUUAUUUCACCUAUGUUUCUCCUAUAAGAGAUCACGAAUCUGCACUAUACCCUCUUUUUCUAAUCUUCCUUUUCACUCAUUUCACCAAAAUAUUUCAAAGUUUCCUCAUUUAUUGAAGAUGGGCUUGUGGGAUUCACUGCUCAACUGGUUACGAAGUUUAUUCUACAAACAGGAAAUGGAACUCUCUCUUGUAGGCCUUCAAAAUGCAGGGAAGACCUCACUCGUCAACGCCAUCGCUACAGGAGGCUACACUGAGGAUUCGAUUCCAACUGUGGGGUUCAAUAUGCGGAAAGUCACAAAAGGAAACGUAACUAUAAAACUUUGGGACUUGGGAGGGCAACGAAGAUUUCGCUCCAUGUGGGAACGCUAUUGCCGUGGUGUCUCAGCUAUAGUAUAUGUAGUUGAUGCUGCUGAUCGAGACAGCAUCCCCAUAACACGAAGCGAAUUACAUGAUCUCUUGAAGAAACCUACUCUAGCUGGGAUUCCUUUGCUUGUACUUGGCAACAAGAUCGAUAAGUCAGAAGCUCUUACAGAGCAACCUCUGAUUGAUCAGCUGGGAUUGAAUUCAAUCGCGGAUAGAGAAGUGUGCUGCUAUAUGAUAUCUUGCAAGGAGACGGUGAACAUAGAUAUUGUGAUGGAGUGGCUUAUCAAACACUCAAAAACAGUUAAAUGAUCGUCAGCUUAAUUUGAACAAAAUUUCAGAAGUUCCUAUGCCAUACGUUGUAUGGUGAAAAUUUUAUUUAUAUCACCUCCCAUCAAUUUUGUGUGUAUAGAAUAUUUAAGGGUAGAUGCGAUGCAACGCUGACUAUGUGCACUGUUUUAUUUCAUUGCAUGUAGAAAGUGAGUUUUUUGGACACUAACUGUAUUUUCUUUUAGUUACUAUGAACCAGUUAUGAAUGGAAUUUUUAUUUUUUUUUA